AUGGCAGGCCGACUGGGGAUGAUGCAGCCGCAAGUGAUCGUGCUGCGUGAAGGCACCGACACUUCGCAAGGCAGAGGUCAGCUGCUGUCCAACAUUGGCGCCUGCCUCUCCAUCGUGUCCUGCGUAGCAUCCACGCUCGGACCGCGCGGCAUGGACAAGCUGAUGGUGAAUGAGCGAGGCGAGGCGACCAUCUCCAACGAUGGGGCGACCAUCUUGAAGCUGCUGGAUGUGGUUCACCCCGCAGCCAAGACGUUGGUGGAUAUCGCUAGAGCGCAGGAUGCAGAGGUGGGCGAUGGCACGACCAGCGUGGUGCUGCUGGCAGGAGAGAUGCUCAAGGAAGCGCGUCCCUUUGUCGAGGAAGGCGUCAGUCCUCAUGUGAUCGUCAAGGGAUACCGCAAAGCAGCGCGAUUGGCCAUCGAUCGCAUCAAGCAGCUGAGCAUCACGAUCGACAAGUCGGAUGCCGUGGCCUUCAAGGAUCUGCUGAGAAAGUGCGCGGCUACAAGCAUGAACUCCAAACUCAUCUCUUCUCAGCGAGACUUUUUCACAAACAUGGUCGUCGAUGCCGUCUCUUUCUUGGACCAGCAAGAUCUCGACGAGAGCUUGAUCGGCGUCAAAAAGGUUCCAGGCGGCGCCAUGCAGGUGCGUCGCGCGGGUGUGUGUGAGGAUGCCCUGGCGCACGACUGACCCUGCCUUCACUCGUGUCCAGGACUCUCUGUUGGUGCAAGGUGUGGCCUUCAAAAAGACGUUUGCGUACGCGGGCUUUGAGCAGCAACCCAAAUCCUUUGCAUCGCCCAAGAUUCUCUCUCUCAACGUCGAGUUGGAGUUGAAGGCGGAGAAGGACAAUGCCGAGGUGCGCAUCGAUCAAGUGUCCGAAUAUCAAGCCAUCGUGGAUGCAGAGUGGCAAAUCAUCUACAGCAAGCUGGAAGCCAUCGUCAAGACUGGAGCAAAAGUCGUCCUCUCCAAGCUGCCCAUCGGCGAUCUCGCGACGCAGUACUUUGCCGAUCGCGACAUUUUUUGCGCUGGUCGCGUAGCCGCAGACGAUUUGAAGCGCGUCGUUCAAGCGGUUGGCGGAGCGGUGCAGUCGACGUGCAGCGAUAUCCACGACGAACACUUGGGAACGUGCGACACUUUCGAAGAGAAGCAGAUUGGCGGAGAGCGAUUUAAUCUGUUUCAAGGUUGCCCGCAAGCAAAGACUUGCACCCUCAUUCUGCGCGGUGGUGCCGAGCAGUUCAUCGCAGAAGUCGAACGCAGCUUGCACGAUUCCAUCAUGAUCGUCAAGCGAGCCAUCAAAAACAAUAGCAUCGUGGCUGGAGGUGGUGCUACCGAGGUGAGCGUGGCGAGAGCGCGCCGCAAUGGUUUUGGGGAUGCUCUCCGUUCUGCUCACACCGCACCCACGUUUCGCCGCAGAUGGAAAUCUCUCGCUUUCUGCGCGAACACGCGCGGACAGUCGAGGGCAAGCAGCAACUGAUCAUUUCGGCCUUUGCCAAGUCGCUGGAAUGCGUUCCUCGUCAAUUGUGCGACAAUGCCGGUUUCGACGCGACGGAUCUGCUGAACAAGCUGCGCAUGAGGCACGCGCAGGGACACACGUGGGAAGGGAUCGACAUUGAGAGCGAAAAUGUGGCGGAUAAUUUGGAGAGACAUGUAUGGGAGCCGGCGCUGGUCAAGAUCAAUGCGCUGUCGAGCGCGGCAGAGGCGGCUUGUUUGAUUCUUUCGGUCGAUGAGGUGCGUGCAAGGUGCAGGCCUGCAUGCGGUGCCCAGCGCAAAGCUGACAAUGCAUCCCACCGCAGACGAUUCGAAACGAGCAGAGCGAGAGGGUGAGUCCGUGGGCGGCGCGCUUGCGCGCAAAGGGCGAAACGUUCGUGUGCUGACAUGUGCAAGGCCUUCAUCUGCGCAGCCCAACCCAAACACGAAGCCACUUCCACCAGGUGCGGCGCAGAGAGCGAUGAGAGGAAGAGGAAGAGGAGGUGUACCUAGACGAUGAAGAGGCAGGCCGCAGCGCAUCGAUGACGUGGGGGCCCAUGACCAAGUCAGCUUGCGGUCCAAAUACAUGCGCUCGGCGAGUCAGCACGCGUCGAGUCGAUAGAUCGUGUGCGCAACCCCUUGUUUGAUGGUGACGCGGUCGCGUGCGGCAAGACGGCGCGCACCGCACCUUGAUGGUCGCCAGCGAGCGUGAGCACGCUGUCGAGGCAAGCAAAAAAAAAAGUAGUAGGAUGUCUCUGUGCGCUUCAAGCUAGUCGUAUCGAAAAGCGAAUCGAAGCAUCGAGCUGGCAAGAAAAGGCAAGGCACGAUGAUGGGGGAUUCGCAAAUCGCUCACCUCCUCGUACUUCGGCAAUGGAUAAGAAUAGACGCGAUGUGA